CCUCUUCAUCUUCAUGGUAACCAAAUUUCUGAUGGAGGUGGCGAAGCACUGGCAGAGGCAUUGAAAGUGAAUAAAACUCUCACCACUCUUGAUCUUGCUAGGAAUCAAAUAUCUGAUGGAGGAGGUGAAGCACUGGCAGAGGCAUUGAAAGUGAAUACUACUCUCACCACUCUGGACCAUAGCUACAAUCAAAUAUCGGACGGUGGAGGUGAAGCACUGGCAGAGGCAUUGAAAGUCAAUAAAACUCUCACCAGUCUGGACCUUAGCUACAACCAAAUAUCGGACGGUGGAGGUGAAGCACUGGCAGAGGCAUUGAAAGUGAAUAAAAGUCUCAACACUCUGAAUCUUGAAAGGAACCAAAUAUCUGACGGAGGAGGUGAAGCGCUAGCAGAAGCAUUGAAAGUGAAUAGAACUCUCACAGCUAUAAGAACACUCUUCGGUGUACAAUGCCACAAUGGAAAAAACAUUCACUCACAUUCACACUAUGAAAACGAAAAUGAAAUUCUCCUGAUACCGGCAACACAUUUUGAAGUGAAACGUAAAGUGGACCUUGUCUCGAACAUAAUUGAACUUGAAGAGACAACUUCAUCUUGCGUGGAUGGUGAAUCCCCAUUCGACAAACCACAGUGCGAAAAUCAACAAAUGGAAGCACAACUGCACGCACUUGAUUCCACGUCCGACCUAAAGCUGCAGGGUACGAGAACUGGCGAACAAGACGCGCAAGUAUUGGCAGUAGGAUUGACAUUGAAAAAAACUCUCACCACUCUGAAUCUUGAAGGAAAUCAUAUCUGGGGGUGGGGGCGGCGGUGUGAAGCGCUUGGAGAAGCAUUGAAAGUGAAUAAAACUCUCAUCAGUCUUGAUCUUGGAGGGAACCAAAUAUCCUUUCCGGGAGGUGAGGCACUGGCAGAUACAUUGAAAGUGAAUAGAACUAUCACCAGUCUUAAUCUUAGAGGGAUCCAAAUAUGUGGUGAAGGAGAUGAAGCACUGGUGGAGGCAUUGAAAGUGAAUAAAACUCUCAGCACAACAAUUCUUUGCUUUUCCGAUGUUUGGACGACAUUAACUAGUUUCGAGAAUAUUCAAAUAAAGUGA